UUCUCAAUGUCCUCUGAUCUUUUUCUUUUAGAUGGUUCUUUCUUUCGUAAUUCAAGCUCUGAUAUCGUCACUUCCGAUGUCGAUUUGCAGUCACUAUCCGAACCCCUUUUCUCUUUCACUGACCCAUCAUCUUCGUCUACUGAAAUCUUCCAUGGCUUCUCUGACCAACCAAACGGUCAUCUUCAAUUUUCAACCGAAACCGAACUAUGCUCCUCUGGUGAUCAAACCGCCAUUAAUCUCUUAUCUUGUUCACCUCCCAAUCAAAAAUUGAAUCAUUUGUCGCUAGAGCCCACGACCCAGGUUCAAUCUGUACCUAUCCAACCUAAUUAUGCUGAAGAUGGGAUCACAUGUUCAUCUGUUUUGGAAUCUGACACAUUUGGGUUGAUUUCAGAAGAUCCUUAUGUGAAUCUUGAAUCUUCAAAUAGCUCUUCAGUUCCUCCCAGCAGUUACAGUAGUAACGGUGCUCAGAAGGUUUCAACUGGAGUGAUGCAGAGGAGCUUCAGUAGCCAAUCUCUCGACCGAAGACAGGGUAUUUGUUACCAUCCUCGCAUCAGUUCUCUCGUAGAGUCCCCAAAUUUCCCAAACCAAGCCAUGGAUUCACUUCAGGACAGUAACUGCACUGUGUCCAUGAGAAGGGUUUGCAGCACAGGCGAUUUACAAAGAAUUACUAUUACACACUUCAAUCAAGGAUUUUCUUCGAGCCCGUUAGCUGUAGAGAGUUCAUUCACGGAGGAAGGGAGUCUCAAAGUACGAAGGUACAACGCAGAAGAGAGGAAACAGAGAAUUCAUAGGUACAGAAGCAAGCGCACUCAGAGAAAUUUCAACAAGACAAUAAAGUAUGCAUGUCGAAAGACGCUAGCCGACAGUAGGCCAAGAGUACGUGGGAGAUUUGCCCGCAACGAUGAAACAGGAGAGAUUCCCAAAUUUACUGGUUUCAAUCGAGAGGAAGAAGACGAAGAUGAUCUUUGGGUCGAAGGGUUCCAUGAGGAAGCUGAGGCUGCGAUGAUGAGAGGAACAAUAGGGGGAGGAGGAGGAGGGUUUGAUGGUGGUGUCUGCUUCACUCCCACUGAGUUUCAGUUCUACGGGUUCUGACUUCUGGGUUCUUAGUUGCAGCCUUGCAGCAGGCUCUUAAGGCUUUUCUUAGCAAUUUGUUCAAUUUGUUUGCACUUUCCCUGCUUUGCUUG